GAUAUAGAAGCUGGUAUUCAGUUUGUGCCAACUCCCUAUAUAUACUCACCAAUACAGCAAUCUUCUCCAAUAUUACCUCACAAUUCACCUAUUUCAAAUCUACCUUCUAUGCCUUUAGCUUCAACUUCUACAAAUAUUCUCCUAAUGAGUUCAUCAUCAGCUAAUAAGAAUAAACAAUCAUCUAUUAAGUUGGAUGACUCAUUUCCUUUCAAUUUUAAAGAUCUGCCUGAGGAAACAAUACCUGAUGAUCCUCAAGAAUCUUUUCUUGUCCAAAUUCCUGUCUUUGAAGAAGGGGAACAGGAUCCUUUUAAAUUAGCAUUCUCACUAAUUUCUACUAAUGAACAACCAAAACUCAAGGAAGCUGUAGAUAUAGCUUACUGUAAUGCCAGUAUUGAUAAAACUCCGUUUUAUUUAAUUCUAGAUACAGGAUCACUUACAAGAGUAAUAUCAAAAGCUUUUGCUGACAAGUUAAAUCGGUUUAUUGAAAAACCAUCUAAUCUUUAUUUUUCUGAUAUUAAUGAAAUAAAUGAUACCCAAGAUUAUACUAUAAUUGCUAGAGUCAAUUGGCUUAACAAAAUACAGGGUAUUAUUGAUUUGAAAAAAGGACAAUUUAAAUUUACUUGGGAAAACAAAUCUUAUAUUUUAUCUAUUACCUGUUGGGAAAAGCUACAAUAUAAUAAUAGUAGGUCUAUUUCUUUAAAAAUUCUCUCUGAGUCUAAUGACUCAAAUAAUCAAACUUUAGUUGUUAAAACUAAUAAAUAUAGAAAUUCUGAUGAAAAACCUAUACUUGAAAUCAAUAAUACCCAAGUUAAAUACCAAAAUGAAUCUUUUGAUAACUAUAACUUUCAUUCUGAACAAGCUAGUGAUCCUCGAACUAUUAAAUAUUAUUGUGCUUAG